AUGUGGAGAGUAGACGGAAUAAGGCAAGAACUUCCGCAGCCGUUUGGGCCAGUGAUGAAUGUCCAGAUCAACAUACUGAACAUAGUGAGCAUUAGCAGCGGGCUCAUUGUUCACAUAAUGGCCCAUAUUGAGUUGCCUAGACGACCAUCUACCGCAGCGUCGUCAUCUCUGGCCUCGUUUAUGCAAGUGCUCCCUAGUAUAACUUAUGACACGAUUGAAGCUCCACGGCCUGCUGCUCACGUUUUCACUAUAGACACAUCUCGCUGCAAUAGCAAUUAUCCAGUCGUCUCUUUAUGCUCAAAAUUAUUAGGAUUCGAAGAGUUCCCCCAAGGUCGAGAUGACCAGGUCCCGUGUGAUGUCUACUGGCACAGUACUGGUUUUCCUGACGUCAAGGCGGUGCCCAUAUCAUCACGUUCUCGUGUCAAUAAAUUUCCAGGUAUGACGGACCUCGCCAAAAAGGUAGCCUUGACACAUGCUAUAUCGUCAAUGCAAAAAAUUUUCCCCCAUGACUACAAUUUUUAUCCUCAAUCGUUUUUUCUACCAGCUCAUUACGAAGAAUUCAAGGAAUACUGGCAUAAAACAAGAAGCCGACGAAGAGAAAAAGGAUCUCAAGAAGAACAAUUUUUCAUUGUCAAACCGGAUAGCGGAGCACAAGGCAGUGGGAUUUACCUGAUCAGCGAUCCUAGUCAGAUAAAAGAUCCAUCUUGUAAGCAACUUGUGCAAGAAUAUGUUGCUUCUCCCUUCUUGAUGAAAGACCAGCUGAAGUUCGAUUUUCGAGUGUAUGCCGUCAUUAGGAGUAUAAAUCCAUUGUCAAUCUACGUAUCUCGAGAGGGAAUGGCUCGAUUUUGCACGGAAAAAUACAAAAAGCCGACCUCGGAAAAUUUCGGAAAUUUAUACGCACACCUGACAAACUACUCUUUGAACAAAGUCAAUGACGCUUAUGUUCACUCAAACACACUGCAUGAUCAAGUGACUGGUUCAAAGCGCCUUCUUUCGACAGUUUUCUCGCAAAUGACAGCGUGCGGGAUUCGGGCGAAGAAACUAUGGCAUGAUGUGAAACUCAUUGUGGUAAAGACUGUACUAGCGAUGUUACCGGAACUUAUGAUACAGUAUGAAAGAACCUUUAGUGGGAUGGAAGGACCGCAAUGCUUUCAGAUUGUUGGCUUUGACAUAAUGGUGAGAAGUGAUGGAUUUCCGAUUUUGCUAGAAGUAAAUGCUUGUCCAUCCCUGACCAUCGACCAUGGAGGAUCUGACACUGAACCUCGACAAAGAAGUGUGGUGGAUGAAGUAAUAAAGAUACCUCUGGUAAGAGAUACACUAUUAUUGGUCACAGGACAAUUAGAGGAUGGUCGAGUCAGCCCUCCUUCCAAGAGUGUAUGGAGAUCCACAGACGAUUUAUCUUCUACAAAAAGAAAGGCGCAUUUGAGUGAGAUCUUUCCCAACCGAUACGGGAGACAGGCAGCAUCUUUGCUUUUCUUAGACAGAGUUGUGUACAUAUUUAUGCAAUAUGCUUCUUCUCAGGACGCCACACUCGUCCCAUUAUCGGGUAUCAAAAGAUUUGUGAAAGAUUGUGGAUAUGAAGGAUUGUUCACUCCUGGAGGGCUUGAGAAGAAAUUCUCUGAAAUCUGUAAAUAUUAUGAAGGAAACAUUCAAAGCGAAAAGGGUCUAUUUUUUCACGGUUUUCUGUCGUUUAUGAUAUACAUAGCGGAUCGACAGUUUAGUACAAUACCAUUGCUCAAAGAUCGGCUGCAGUUGCUCUUUGACGCAGUUACGAAUGCUCUCCGCAGCAAAGGUGUACGAUCGAGGCGUUUGCGCCGAGAGGAAUUUGACUCGAAUUCUGGAGAAGGAAAGAAGAUAUAUCUUCUACCUUCUCGAGUGCGUAUGAAUAAACGACGUUCAAAAUCAUGUGAACCUUUAAAGAUUGCCCCUCGAUCACUGGACAGAAAACCUGAUCGAAAUAAUAACAAGGAGAAUCACACAGUGCUGCCACGAAUUCAUAAAAUGAAAUGA